AGUGUGUCCUUGAGUGCAGUAAACACACCGACUGUUUCUACAGAAACUUCUAGCUCCGUGUGCACCACAUCGUUUGCUUUAUUCUUUUCUACCAUUACGUAUUGUGUCUUUGACAGUUUCGAGGGACGUAUUUUGUUUAAAGUAGGAACAUUCAUCCAAGUUUGACGCCACUAUCAAAAGCCGUAGGCUCAGCGCGUGCGUCCACACAGAAACAGAAAGCAUUCCACAUUCUACAAACACCUCGACACGAACCUGACAAGUGAGCCGGUGGGAAGUCUACGCGGCAGUUGCUGCGGUGAUCUGCCAAACACGGGCGCGGCGUCUGCGACAAGUGAGAUUGACGGCUGCUGACGCGGACUGAGCUGCCGCCACGGCUGCCUGACGAAGUGCGCUUACUGACUUUGGACCGACGGCUCUGCCGCCGACUCUGAGGAGCUUUACAAAAAGCCCAGGAAUUAUAAUAUAUAAUAUGGGAGCUUAUGCAAGCAGUUUUCACAAGAGUGGAGGACAGAUACUCCUGGAUUCGAUAGAUCCUUCACAAGCAAACUGGAUUACAGCCCAUGCAGAAGCAUGCAAAUUGUCUGUUCCUGAGGUACUUAGGUGCUGGGAGAAUUUCCAGAUUUUUGAACCAGAUUCUAAUGGCAACAUUGAGAUACAGAGACUAAAAGGAAAUGACUUUUUCAGUAAACAGUUGCUAAAACAAUUGCCGUACAGGAAUGAUGGUCUUUUGACGUUUCAGACCUACUGCAGUGCUGUUUCUUGGCUUAGCAACUCAACCACAGAGGUGAAACUUCAAGGAUUAUAUCUCAUAUUAACAUCAAGCUCUCUUAGCAGAGAAAUAUUAGAAAAUAUCCUGCAAAUACUUUAUCCACAUGAGAGCCUACAGGAAACGCAGCAACUAUGUAACCUUUUAAUGCAAGAAAUUGAUACAAAAAAACAAGGAUAUAUUGAUGAAGAUCAGUUCAUGACAUGGAUGAACAAGUUGCGAUGGGGGACACUGAAGGAUGUAUUACACUUUCCAGUCAUACCCCAUGAAGUCGCUGAAGAAAAUGAACUGAAAAUUCCCCAACAAGUUACAGCUGUUAUCCAAGAACACAGGAAAAUAACAGAUCAACAGCUGUAUAAAAUUGCUACAGAGAUAGCCAGGAACAGAAGAGACUGGAGACUUCUGGCUAAUCACCUUGGAUUUUUAGAAAAGGACAGCAAGCAGUUUGAGAACAAAUAUGCAGAACUGCAAUCCCAGAUCUUGGAAAUGCUGCAGGUAUGGAGGAAUAAAUCUGGCAACCAAGACCUUCGGCGGAUACUUCAGGCUGCCCUGAAAGACAGUGGGAAUGCUGACAUUUAUAACAAUGUUUUUCAACUUAAUUUUUGAUACUGUAAUUGUAUGCAAGACCACCUUCUUCUUGCCAUAUGCCUUCAGAGUUUUGUGUUGAUAAUUUGCUCCAAUGCUAAAACAUGCUGGGAUCUAUUUCUAGUACAGUCUAUGUAUUUUUAUUUAUUUAUUUUUUUAAAAGCAUUCAUUCAUCUCUCCAUUCAUUUUCAAACUGUUUGGUCCAUUUCUGUGUCAUGAGCUUAUUCUACAUGCACUAGACACAAGGAUGAAAAAGCAGUCAAGAUAAGAUGGGAGACCAUCACAGGGCCUACUUAGAGUCAUGAAUUAAACUAACCCGUACCUGUUUGUUGACAUGCUCUUUGUUAUUUGUUUGAAAUUUAUUUUACUGUUGCCAUUUGCAUAUAGACACCACGAUUUUGUUAUCUGGGCACUUUGCACUGCCAUGAUAUGACAGGCAUGACGUGGCUACGUCAUCUGGUAACAAUGUGAUAACAUUAUGUGCAUAAAAUAAAUUUGUGAUGUAGGAGGAAAUCUGAAGUAUUUAACAAUGCAAAAUAUUUAUGUUAAAACUAGAAUUUUAGAGUGUUAAUAUACACGCAAAUCCACAAGUUAUUAACAGUUUUCAUACAGUGGCUUCUUCUACUGAUCUAUAAUGGCAGUUUUCCAGUAAGAGCUCCUCACAACUCAUACUUCUGCGUAAUGUUCCCUCAGAGUUACCUGCAUUAACAUUAGCUGCCACCGUAUUGUUAAUCUGGGGUGCUUUCCCCACAUAGGGUUGUGAUUUUAGCAGUAAAAUGUUGCAUGUCAUGUUUUUAUUAUGUGGAAUGAAAUUUCGAGAGUCAUAUAUCUUCUUAGGUUAUGUUGCAGUUAAUCACAAAUGUGGCCAAAAACAAAACAUCAUCAUCUAUGGGGCGAUUUUACUCAAAAUCAGACAUUUGUCUAUGUACAAUGGUAAUAAAAUUACAUUUUGACUGAUUUGGUUUUGAGUUGCUGUGCACAUAGGCUCAACUUUUCACACACAGGCACUCUAAAAGGGACAAAUUUUGGAUAGGGAAGUCUGAAAUUUGAAAAUUAGAGUCAAAAUUGUGACCUACCUGCAGCACAUAAAUCAACUGAAAUCUCAAAGCUUCACAGUGAAAUCACAGCUUCCAGUGAGUCCAAGAACUGCCAUGUACAGAACGUAAAAACACUUAGAAUAAAAUUAAUUUUAAUAUAAGUACCUGUAAUCCCUGAAGAGUUCUAGUAUGCAGUUAGAGACAUGAAUAGUUCUGAACACUUAAAAUCAGACACUUGAGAAUUUUACCAAAAUUUAAUGUCAUUAAAUAAAAAUCUUUCUCUGUGAAAGCUGAUUUCAUAAUUUCACGACACAAUGAGUAGCAGCCUGUCACAUAAACCUCUCCCAAGUUUAACUGAGAACAGCAAAAAUGUAAUUUUAAAAUACUGUAUAACAAACCUGAGCCUAAUACUAGUCCUACAUAAAUAAAGCAGCGCUCUUUGGCUCAGUCCCGAGGACUUGUACCAUCUCUGGUAGGAGGUUUGCGGCAAAGUGGGAUGAAACAUAACCAGCAAACUAGUGAGGAGUCAAAACCAAAAAUGAAGUCAAUCCAUUAUUUAUGCUAAUACAUUAAACAAAAGACAAAAUUUAUACAUUUGUUACCAGAACAGCAAACUUGUGAGAAAGAUUUUGUGAAUCUCCUCAAUAUUGGAGAUUUACCCGUGGCUCCUGUUUAUACAUCAUCACACUGUACUGUACUACCUACCUUGUUUUAUCCAUGUAUUCUGCUUCACACUAUACUUUUUUGGCCAUGGUGAACUUGUUUUUGGCGAUUAUCAUUUUCAUGUAAAUUAAAGUUUUUCUACAA